UUAACAAUCGAGCGUCGAUACCAGUACCCCAACAUCAUCCACCCCUCGCCUCUCGCCAGAUUCCCCCUCAAUUCACGCUGCUUUUCGCCUAUUCAGUCACUAGUUUCAUUAGUUUUACUCGAAGCUGAGUUUUCGCUGUGCUGCUUGCAGUGUUCUACUUUCAUAUUGGGAGCGGACAAAACGGCGACCGCGAGGCCCAGGGAAUAGUCUUCUUUACAGUUGAGACUUGCAAACGCCGUGGUGGAAUGAUUUGAUAUUAUUCAGAUAGAGAGAUAAAGAAGAUAAAGAAAAGCAACUUGUGAUUCGUCUUUUCAGGUGAUGCCGUUAAAAUCCGUAAGACCCCGAUGUGAACUAGGAACGGUGUUUUUAAGCGCCUUGAUCUAAUUAUCGGUGAAAACCGAUUACGGCCUUAUCCGUUGGUGCGAUAUUAUUAUUGCAUGAUGGUUCGUAACAACAGCCGAUGGGAUUUGAAAGAGACCGAUACGGGUGGAGACACUGCAAAUGCAUGAAAGACACUAAGGGCAGAAAAACAAGGGAGAAGGAAGGACACUACAGAGCUUCUGGCGUUUACUACAGAACAUAUAAGAGAUAGCCUUCGAGAUGGACGACAAGACUUUCCUCAAUAUACAGUGCAGAAGACUUUGCUGGACAACCGAGCCACCAUGUCUGACAGCAAACACCUUGAUGACGAGAAGAAUGUCGGCGUCACGGCUGCCGAUGUCAGUGUCUUACCAGCAACCGCCGAUGAUGUGCACUGCGUUCAGCUUCAAGAUGUCGAUGAAGCAGCCGCUUUCGUCGCUGGCUGGGAGGGAGAGAUUACAGAGGAGAUGAAUGCAAGGAUUAGGAGGAAAUGUGAUUGGCACCUUCUGCCUCUCAUGAUGACCCUCUACUUCGUCCAGUUCACAGAUAAAACCACUCUCGGUUCAUCAGCUAUCUUGGGAAUUAAAACCGACACACACCUUUCACAGGCUGAGUACAACUGGCUCGGUACAAUCUUUUAUCUUUCUUAUUUAAUUUUCGAAUGGCCACAAUCUCUUGCUCUUCAAAAGUUUCCUCCAGGAAAAUGGAUGGCUUGUAACAUUCUCGUUUGGGCUGUCUGUCUUUGUUGUCACGCGGCAUGCAAGAACUUUGCUGGUCUCUUUGUUUGCCGUUUUCUCCUUGGUGUAUGUGAAGGCAGUAUCACGGCUGGCUUCUUGAUUUUGACCAGUAUGUUCUAUACCCAAGAGGAAGCAACUCAACGUGUCGGCUACUGGUUCUUAAUGAACGGUACCGCUCAAAUAUUCAACGGUGUUGUCUCUUUCGGAGUGUAUCACGUCAACCCCGACAUCAUCGCCCCCUGGAAAGUCUACAUGCUCAUCACAGGUCUCCUCACCCUUGUCGUCGGUCUCUGCUUCUGGUUUUUCAUACCCAACAACCCCAUGACCGCCUACUUCCUUACCAAAGAGGAGAGGAUCAUCGCUAUUGAGAGGUUGAGGGGUAAGAGUACCGGUAUCGAGAACAAGACUUGGAAGAAGGAACAGUUCAUUGAGGCACUUACCGACUGGAAGUGCUGGACAUUUGCCAUUUACGCUGGUUCGAACAAUGUGGCCAACUCUCUCACCAACAUGACCAGCUUGAUCAUUAAUUCCUUUGGAUUCACCGUCUGGCAAACUACUCUUCUGGGCACUGUCUCCGGUGCCAUCGAGAUCCUUACCAUCUGGUCCUCCGUUCUUGUCAUCAAAAAAUUCCCCAAUGCCCGAGGAUACGUCGGCGCAUCCUACUCUAUUCCUAAUGUUGUCUCCGGUAUUUUGCUUGUCGCCCUGCCCUGGACAGCCAAAGGUGCUUUGCUCUUUGCCGUUUAUUUGGGUGGUGUGGGUACUCCUGGUUUCGUGCUUUCUCUGUCGUGGUGUUCGACUUCCAACACUGGGCACACGAAGAAGGCUACUGCAAAUGCGAUGCUUCUUAUCGGAUACUGUCUCGGUAAUCUUCUUUCUCCGCAGAUGUGGGAAGCCAAGUACGCUCCUCGAUACUAUGUUCCCUGGGGUAUUAUCCUUGGUACCUACGUUGUCAACCCUAUCAUCCUUCUCGGUAUACGAUUUUUCCUCAACCGUGAGAACAAGCGCCGAGACAGACUCGUCGAGAAGGGAGAGCUUGUACAUGAAAAGUUUGUGGAUGAGUAUGGAGAAGAGAUUGAUCCUACUUUCUUGGAUAUGACCGACCGUAAGAAUCUGUCUUUCAGGUAUCCUCUUUAAGAACACUCUUAUCAGGGCUUUUUAAUCUACUAUUCCGCGGCGUCACAGGUUAAUGACGCGUCUUUUUGUGUAAUGAAUCAGAAGUGGGAAAAGUUGUACUUGAAAGACUGGUUAGCUGUAGAAGCCGCUAGGCACAGAUCUCAUUUGAAAAUUCUUGGCAUUUUUAUAAAUGUUUCC